AUGACGUGCGAAGCUUUGGUAGCCAGGCUGGCUGAUCCUUCUAAGGUGCUCAGCAUCGUCAAAAGCAUUAUCUGUGUUUCCUCGAUUUCCAAAUCAGUGAUGAAUAUCUCGCUGAUUUUGAAUCUGACGCCCCUUCUUGUUACUGCAACGGACUGGUUUGACUUGAGCUCCAAACGCGGCAGAAAGCUGGUGGCCACGAACCUCUGUGGUAUCAUGCACUGGGCCCGCCAGUGGUGA